UUUCAAUGGAGACGGACGUAGUUAUUUGCGCCACGAAAGCACGUAUCACAAAGCUUGACAAGCAUUAGAACAAUGUUUGUUUAUUUAAUUAGUGUACAGUGAAUAUAUUUUUUUAAAACAGUGUGUGUGACUUGUGAUGGACCAGUGUGGAUUUUAUUGGAGAGGAUGAUUGUUAUAUACGCUUUAUUCAGCUUACUACUUAUAAAAGAAUCGCUAUUACUAAGGAUAGUCCACGUAACGGUCCCUUCCUAUCGGAUACGUGGCCAGCCAGCCCAGUUGGAAUGCGAGUUCGAGUUAGGCGGCGAUACGCUAUAUUCAGUGAAAUGGUACAGAGAUAACGAAGAGUUUUAUCGCUACAUGCCGAAAUACGACCCUCCUAAACACGCUUACAAACUUGACGGCGUUAAAGUCGAGCUGUCAAAAUCGGAUAAAGGAAGAGUGAUGCUUCACCCGGUCACAUUGAAAUCUUCUGGUCUAUACCGAUGUGAGAUAUCGGCAGAGGCGCCUAGCUUCGCCUCAGUAGCUGGUGAAGGAAAAAUGGAAGUUAUUUAUCUACCACGGGAAGGACCAAGAAUAACAGGCAACGAGCAAGAGAACAGGCGGGGGGAUUCUUUAUUUCUGAACUGUACUUCUGGUCGCUCGUAUCCGGCGGCCAUUUUAAGUUGGGACAUUGACGGUGAGAAGGUCGUUGACCCGACACUGCUAGUGGAGUAUCCACCAUUGCAGCAUGCGCAUGGUCUACUGUCAUCAGCAUUGGGCUUACGAGUGCCAGCUGGUCGGACCAUGCAAGUGAAAUGCACAGCAAGAGUCGCUCCCGCGUGGCGCGAGGGCAGUGAAGCUAUCGUGGGGAACAGUAAAGAACUGGCGGAUAGUAAAGAAGCCAUGUUGUUAGUUCGGAGCUCGAGUGCGGCGCUUACAUUAAAUAUGACGUUGUUAACACUUUCACUCCUUCAACAUUUACGCUUCUCAACGCCAUCAAUUACGUGAUAAUUAUUAUUAAAACAAUUUAUUAAAAUAUUGAAUAAUCAAUAAAAAGAUUUAUUGAUUAAUCGUUAAAACAGUUUUAUCGUAAUUAUCACUGAAUAAUAAAUAAAACAAUUUAUUGAUUAAUUGAUAAAACAGUUAUUAAAAUGUACAAUGAGUAAUCAAUAAAGCGAAUUAUUGAUUAAUCGUUUUUAUAUUCCAAAUUAUUUUUCGUUUGUGCAAUAAGUAAAUUUAUGAACACGAAUUUUUGUAUCUGUGAAUUCAUAAUGAUGUUUUUUUCUUGUAUUUUAUAAAAAUUAAAUGUUGCAUACGUACAUAAUAUAUUUUUUAGAUUAAGUUAUAGUUUCAAGAAUAGACAUAUCAUCUGUAAACUUAUUUUUAUUAACAUUCUGUGAAUGAAUCUGUUUUUGGUACGUGUCGUUUGUAAAUAAACAAGUCAUAAAAUUCGAACUAAAAUCUAUUUAAAUCCGAGAUAUGUGCUCGUACAUCUUGGAAGUACACCAAACCUUUUAUCAUCGCUAUCAAGCAACUUUGCUGUGCUUUGAAUAAAACUACUGGCCCAUUCACUAACCUAUUGGCCUGGUGUAGUAUAGUGGCCUAUUACCCACCUAAUAUAAUUAACUUCAAAUCAAAAACCAUCUCAUUUUCAUAUUUCGUAAACGAAAAUCGCAAUGACACAUAAUCAUCAUCAUUAUCAACCCAUAUUCGGCUCGUUGGGUAAAUAUUUUCUUCAGUAUAUCAGGUUUAUUUUACAAAAUAAUACUUGAAAAUUCUGACAUCGAUGAAAAGCAUUACAAACAAAAUUAUGAACUGUUGUUUUUAAGCUGCUAUUUAAGACAUACCUGUGUUUUUAAUAAAUACUGUUAUAGCUUGUUAGGCUAAAUGUAAAUAUAUUUACGAUAUAUUUUUUUUAUUAUCGAGCAUUUGGACACAAAUUUUAUAAAAUGAAUCAAUAAUUGCAUUGACAAAAGUAUAAAAUAAUACGCAAUAAAAAUAUAGCUUUAUAAUUUUGUUGAUUUCAAUUAAUAAAAUAUAUACCGAAAAAUAUCAAUCUUGUGUUAUAAUAUAAUGCUAGCCACCCACAGUCUGUGUGCCCACAGUCAUGCCUGCAGCGCUGCCGGCAUGAUAUCCGGUAAAAUUCAUCGUGCGUUGGUCGUGAUUUAGGCUUUAUGUCGAGCCGUCAUGCACACCGCAACGAACACAAUGAGUUUAAGCCUUCAUUCGCACGAGAAUUUUUAACGGACGUUAAAAAAGCGUUCAAAUACAACAAAUGCAUUCCCAAGUAUAUGUUCACGAUAGCGUUUUUAAAAAACGAGGUUUUUUUCGAGCAGUAUUGCAUUUUAAAUUUUGAGCGUUGAAAAUAGACCUUUAUAUAACUUCAUAAUUUAUUUGAACGCUUUUUUAACGUCCGGAUAAAAAGCUCUUGUGCGAAUGAGGUCUUAUUGGAGGCAUGUGGGUAUAUAGGACCGUGGUUGACUAGCAUAAGUCCCCAUGUUUAGGGUUUACUGAACUUUAGGGCCAGUGUAGAUGAAGGGAGGUUUAUAACAACUUUAAGGUAUUUGAAUUUAUUAAAUAGCGUGCUAUGAGUAAUUUGCUUUAAACACCUUUAACCUUCUGAGCUUUGCUCCUUCUUGGAAUUUUAUACCUCAUCUAAACCAUGUUUAUGAGAAAAGUUAUUUAUUUUGAGCCAAUAUCAUGUUUUUGCUACUAAUAUUUAUAUUACGUGUAUGGUAUGUUUUAGUGAGUGCUUCGAAUUGUUAACAUAUUUGUAAAUACAAACUUUAGGGAUGCCUUCUUAGAUAGAAAGUACAAUACCUAAUUAUGUAAAUAGUACAGUCUUGUUCUUUUGUAAUGUUGCAUACUUUAGUCUAAAAAGAAUACUUGUAUGUAUGUAUUUAUUAGGAAACUUAAUGUCAAUUUAAUAAGUGUUUAAACUCUAUUAUUUUAUUAAUAAAAAAAUGCUGAUAAA